UCCACCGUUGCAGUUGUGCGGUGCGUUGUGUGCUCUCUCCACGUGUGCUACUGCGUUUGCCUUGAUCUUUCCUUCGUGCUGCUCCGUGCUGCUGGAUAGUGCUGGUUAAAGUAUCCCGGAUGAAAGGGUUUUAGGAGAUAUCAGCACCAGAACAGAGAACGCUCUUAGGACCCAUUACGUGUGAUCGUUGGGCAGAGAUAACCGUAUGGUGAAGGUGAAACGCGAACGUUUAAAGCAGCAACGUCAUGACCGAUUAGAGUCGCAAUAGAGGAUUUUCCAUUUUCUUUCUGCUUGUGCUUUGACAUUUGGCCUCUAUGCGUCACCUGGUAUCGGGUUGACUAGAAGAUCGUGCAAGAAAAGCAAACCAACCAGCCAGCCAGCUAGUGGGUGCAUCGAAGUAGACGGAAAAAAGUAGGGAUUUUCAAAGUGUUCCACACGGCGACGACGGUGCUGGUGGAUUUUGUAGUAGGCUUCGUACGGUGAAUGAGAACAGUCGGACAGAGCAGACGAGCUGUGAAGUAGUUGUGAUUUGGAAGAGAUUCCGUUUUAUUUUUGAGAAAUCUGUGAAACGGCCCCGGGGCAACGUGAAGAAACAAAACCAGCAUGGCCGAUAGUUUGGUGGAAAGUCCUGCGGCCAGUUCGGCCCAUCUGAUGAACAUGAAUGUGAUGAACACGUUGGCCGGGGAGGGAGGCAGCAGCAGCAGCAGCAACUCUUCCUCUUCGUCGUCGUCGUCGUCGUCCUCUUCCUCUUCGUCCGGUUCCGUCGGAUUGGUGGCCACGUCUUCAUCUUCCGGCACUGGAUCAGCUACCGCCGGUGGAAUUGAUGGAUCCGGUGCUGCUGGCGGCAGUACCCCGACGGUUCUAAUUUCGGUUAGUGCCCCCGGCACGAACCAAGCUGCUGCUGCCGCAAGUGUUGUGUCCGAUGUGUUUCUGAAUCAGUUUAUGGUACAUCGGGCCAACAUGACGAGCAUUCACAACCAGCAGCAGCAGCAGCAGCAGCAACAGCAACCGUCGUCGUCCACCGCGACCUCGCCCGUAUCCGUAUCGUCUUCGGGAGGUCAGCCUUCAUCGACCUCAAACGCAAUCCCACCGUCCACCACCGCUUCCUCAUCCUCAUCGCCCCCACCUUCCUCGUCGUCCUCCUCCUCUUCCGCAUCCUCUUCGGUUGUGGCUUCCUCCUCGUCCACGUCCUCGGUUUCCUCGGUUCAACAGCAACCGCUGGAGCUGCUGCACCGUGAGCUGCCACCGAAACCGAACUGCCCGAUUGGUACCAUGGGUGACGACGAGCGACGGUCCGGCGGGGUGGACGGCGGUGAAGGAGACGACGAUUGUGAUGAGCCGGAAGCGAAGCGCCGGAAGAAGGUUGGCGAUAAUUCGAUGGCAAAAGUUGAAAAGCUGGAACAACGCCUCGGUGGCAUCUUGUGCUGUGCCGUCUGUCUGGAUCUGCCAAGGACAGCCAUGUACCAGUGCUCCAUGGGACAUCUGAUGUGUGCCGGAUGCUUCACACAUCUGCUGGCUGAUGGCAGACUUCGCGAUCAGAACGCCACAUGUCCUAACUGUCGCACCGAGAUCAGCAAGAACAAUUCGUCGCGCAAUUUGGCGGUAGAGAAGGCUGUUUCGGAACUACCAGCCGAGUGUCAAUACUGUGGUAACGAGUUUCCGAACCGUUCGAUCGACUAUCAUGAAUCGCAUGAGUGUGAAGAUCGGCCCACCGAUUGUCGCUUUGCACGCAUUGGCUGCCAGUGGCGCGGCCCAAUACACGAGGUGUCGACGCACGAGGCGAACUGUGCGCAUCCGAAGAAGUCUGGUGCUGAGGUGAUGGUAGCGCUGCAGGCCCACGAUGCAAAGGCGGCCGAAGAUAAGCAGCUCUUUCUGACACUGAUCGAUCUGUUGAGCUACGAGAAGAUCAUUUUCAACGAUUUGCAACUGAAACCCUAUCGGACGGACGAGUAUGUGCACCGUUUGUACUACGAGACCAGCCGGUUCUCCGCCUUCAACCACCAGUGGGUGGUGAAGGCAAUCAUCAAUAAGAGCCAGCGUGAUCCGCACGAGUCGUGUGAGCGGGAUAUUACUUAUCAGCUGAUUCUCAAAUCGAAAACAUCGACCCCAUUACCGAUGCACUUUUUCGUGCUGCGAGGUCCAUUCUCGGACAUCAAGGCCAGUACGCAGAUCUACAAACACGAUUUCGCCGACACUGAAACGGAAAGCCCGUUCCGGCUUCUUCCGCUGCCUGAUACUGCUGAAUGCAACCGAUUGUUGGCGGCGAAAGCGAUCAAUUUCAGAUUGAUUAUGUUUUUAGCAUCGAAAUGAACAAAUCUACUGUAAUAUGCUUCACGCGAGGUACUGCUGCCAUACAGAGAUGGUGGUUCCGCUGCUGAUCAUGAAUUUAUAUUUCUUUUUCAUGUUGAUCUUAUCCUUUAAUUUUAUAACCGGUAUUCUAUACAACAAUGCUUACACGCUAUCGGGCACCUUUUGAUAACGGAAGGAAACAAAAUCCUACUGUGAAAAUUAAUAGUUUUAAUAAUGUACGAAGAGGGAUGGUUAUGGUUGGCUUUUUGGACUUUCAUUAAUUAAUUCAAUAAUUCAUUCACAAAUUUUCUCCGGUCUCUUAUCGAGCAUUUUGCUUUCCUCUUUCUCAAAGAACUAGCAGACAAGCGUUUGAUCCCACUUGAUCAAUAACUGCUAACAUUCUCUUGCGUGUGACGGCAUUGGUUUUGAUUUCAAUUAUUAGAUGGACCAAAAACAGAGUAAAGGUGUAAUGUCGCAUUCACAUCUAAGUUGAUAAGUUUUCCUAUGAUCCGUGGUCCCUUAGCAACACACAUAUGUUGGACAACGAUUGAAGACGCCAUGCAAGUAGGACGGGGUAUAGUGAGACAGGUUAAUUAAAGCGUUGCCAUCCUCACGAAAUACAGUAUAUCAUAUAUCUAUGAUUAAACGCAAUUGCGUGGCAGUACAAUUGCUUACAUGCUUAAUGUUGCUGCGUACCCCCUAAGAUACAUUUGUCGGCACAGGGCAGGAGAUGCUGUAGAGAGCUCUCUCUUUCUCUACGUUACUUUCAUUUUUUUAAACCUUCUUUUAUGAACAGAUUAGAAUAUCGAGUUUAUAUAUAAAAUGUUUUGCAAACUUACGAUUUAUCUUCCCUCUAAUAAGCAUAUAUAUAAUCAAUUACGAUAAAAGCAGUUAGUAGGGAUAAAGAGAAUGUGAAGGAAACGGAUGAAGAAUGUGUGAUACACAAAUAUUGCUACAAUUAAUGCAAGUUCAUCAUGUGAACUGCAAUAUAAACGUUUGUGCUCGGUUGUGGUUUUUGUCUUUAUUUGAUCGCAAAAAUAGAAACGGAACCCACGAUUGCGAUACAUACGCUGGUACAUUACAAAAAUUAUUGGCGAAGAGAAGAAAGUUGAAUUUGUCUUUUUCGCUUCGCGUUCAUAUUAUUAACGAUUCCUUGAAUGUGAAUCCUGCAGCAUAGUCCAACGAGCGCUGGAUCUUGGCAAUGAAAAAGAAAUAGUGAUUAUUAGCGAGAUAAGUGCGUUUAUGUCGAUAAGCUACAUACUUUUUUUUAGUGUAAGUUAUCGUCUUCGUCACACAUUUACCCCCGAAAGAUUAUCCUUUAUUAAAAGACAGUUGGAUUGGAUGGAUAUUGGCGCGUAGUAGGACGAGAGACAGAGUGAGGCAAAACGAUUCGUUUUUUAGCGGUUUUGGUAAUGCUACCAAAUAGGUGAUAAGAUGUGCCCAAAUGCUUUUUGAUAUGCGUAUGUUCUAUAUUCUUCUCAGCUCAUCUUGUUUCUACGUUCAACUUUUCAGUGUAACAUAGCUAAAUAAUAUUCCCACUUACAAUGAUCUUAUACAACCGAAACGCUAGUUUGUAAGAACAAAUAUAUUUUGUUUCUUUGAAUGUUAA